UAACUAACCAACGUACGAAGUAGAUCUGAGGGUAAAACUUGACUUCGAUGUCGACAGCGAGCAGGAUGAGUGAACAGAACAAGAGCCAGUCUACGUUUUUCCCGCUCGUCAAGGCAGGAGCUCUGAGCGGCUCUCUUGGACUGGUGUAUGGAGGUGUUGCAGGUGUCAUCCGGUCUCCUAAUCCGGUGAUCCAUUCUCUAUCUUGCGGUGUUCAAUGGGCUGCAACUGGGAGCGGCUUCUGGUUCUUGAGAGAGAACAUCUUAAAAUAUCAUUUCGAAAACAAUGCCGAUUCUAAGCAACGCGCUUAUGUCAGCGCUCUAUCAGGGGGCAUCGCUGGAGGCACCGUUACCCGACUACUAGGGGGUCGACUAAUUCCAGGAGUGGUGUUCUUUUCGGCACUAGGCUAUCUGGGCCAAAGCACUUAUAAUGCGAUCGACACAUGGCAAUUAGAAAAGGCCAACACUCCAUCGAAGCCGAUCCUUCAGCGGAUCGCCGAUUCAAAAUGGAUUCCGCUCAAGUCCCUCUCCGAUGAUGAUUACAGGGGGAUUUUGCGCGAGAAGCUCCUGAGCAUCGAGGCCGAGAUCGCACUCCUCGAUGAAAAGAUUGAAGGGCUGGAGAAACUCAAAUCUCAAGGGUCAGAUUUGUCCUCGUCCGACACAUCCACCAGGUGACCAGAGAAUCCAGCCCGUCAAUUUCUACCACGAACGGCCUUGGUGUAAUAGAAUGUUACGGGUUAACAUUUUCUCCCUGGCUUGUUGCAACCCUUGACUUAGCCACGCCGAUGCGGAGCACCGCGAAGAUCAUGCGGCCAUUUGGCUAUUCUGGCAUCGAUGAUUGUUCUAUAGAAGGAUUGCUCCCC